GUGCCCUGCACGCCUUUUUCUUUCACGGUCAAUGGCCUCAGAAUUAGAGCGUGACAAUCCGAAGCCCAUUUGCUGCCAAGCAGCAAGAAUUGUGCGAAGGAGUUCGAUUUCAAUUCCAACUGAACUCUGUGGGUUUGCUUUUUUGGAAUAUGAGGGUUUGGAGAUUGAAGAAUUGGAUUUGAAUUUGGAGCUCACUGGUGGCCUGAGUCCGUUGCAUCAUCACAUCAGCGGCAGCCAUGGCGGCUGCGGCUGCAAUUCUAGCAUCAGGUAGCGCAGGAAUUAGCACGCUCAGCGACAGGAAGAAGCGAAAUCGAGCCUUUGUUCAAUGUGUCGUUUCUUCAGAUGAGCUGAACCAUAGCAGGAGCUUUACUGCACACUUGCAAGUUCGCCCCUUCUCUGUUGGGCACGAGCACAAACAUAUUGCGGGGCUCGGGGCUAGAUGUGCUGUGAGAGGUCCUUAUAAGGCGAUUUCUGUAGGAAGACAGGGGUUUAACAGGAUCAGCAAGGAUUUUUCACAAGAUCAACUGCGUCCUGUUUUAGCAAAGGCCCCGCAACAAGAUUUCCAAGACAUACAACGAGAGCCAAAUCCAGAGCCACAGUCUCUUCCUUUAGAAUGCGACUCUAGGCAAAGAAUUCCGAAACUUGAGUGGAAAGAAUUCGAGGAAGCCGUAGAGCAUAAAAAUCUAGGAAAAGCAUUGGAAGCACUUGAGAUUCUCAACAGGUUUGAAUCAGACGCUGCAACAUCUGGGGAUAACAACGGUGAUUUGUUUGAGCUUUACGGAGAUGGAGAUGGAGAUGGAGAUGGAAAUGGAAAUGGAUCGUCGCUGAGGAUCGAUUCUUCGAGGGGAACAGGAACUUCGUCUUCUGAGACGUUUUUUCUCCCUCAAAAAGAGUUCUUGAAGAUUCUUAACAUAUGUCAGACCGCAACGGAUCUUCAAUUGGUCGGAGACGCGUAUGGGUAUCUCCAACAAAACGGGUUGUUGCGAAACUUCGGGAAAUACAAAGCACGAGUUCUUCAAGCUGCUGGAGCAAAGAGGGUCGUCACUGCAGAGGACAUGUUGGCGUCGUCUGGCCUUGAUGCAUCCAGCCUCUCGCCAAAGAAGUGGGGUUUGACCGGGGCCUCGGCUUUCCAGCUUGCGGCAGGAUUUGCUUUAUUCUCCUUCUUAGUGAACAACAAUAUCGAUAUUCGUCCUCUUGCAGUUAUAAUUGUCGGAUUAAGUUUAUUAGACUCAAUUUACCUCGGGGGCGCAGCCCAAGCUCAGGUUCUUAGUCUAUGGCCAGGAUAUAAACGGCGAAUGCUUGUCCAUGAAGCCGGACAUGUUCUCGUUGCGUACCUUUUAGGGUGUCCAGUAAGGGGAGUAGUUUUGGAUGCUCAAGAGGCUUUUAAAUCUGGUAUUUCUGGCCAGGCUGGCACCCAAUUUUGGGACGAGAGUUUGGCACGGGAAUCAGAACAGAACAGACUGACUGAGGCUUCUCUUGACAGGUAUUGCAUUGUAUUAUUUGCGGGUAUUGCUGCGGAGGGUUUAGUCUAUGGAGAAGCUGAAGGCGGGGAAAGUGAUGAAAAUUUGUAUAAGGGAAUCAUAUCAGGACUGCGGCCACCCUGGGGCCCUGGCAGGAUGUCGAAUCACGCCCGGUGGUCGGUUCUUCAAGCCUUCAAUAUGUUGAAGGAGCACAGGAAAGUACAUGAAGCAGUUGUUCAAGAGUUGGAGCGGGGUUCUGACUUGGCCUCUAUUGUAAAUAGCAUUGAGACCACUAUGGAAGCCUCCCGAGCGUAGUAAAGCUCUAUCUUGUGAACACUAUUUUAAGUCAUUUAGCUUUUUGAGUCUGACCAUCAAGUAAGAAAUCCAAAAUGAGUACCUUGACAGGAUUAUUUGAUUAAUUCACCUCGGGAACUUCAGAGAUUAUUGGUUGAAGGAGAUAGCUUGUCUCAGGCACCUUACAUUUUCAUUAAGCGUGCCUUGCUAUUUCUUGCUGCUUGUAUGAUAUGAUUAAGACUAGAAUGUAGCAUUUAUAAUUUUUCUAUUGAAUCAUUUGUUUAUUAUUCCAAUGAUGGACGUAAAUUCAUCUCAUGUUUGA